AAACGUACGCGGUAUUUGUUUGCGGACAAAGAACGCACUCGGCAAAAGUGAAACAAAAUUGCGAAAAAAGAUGGAUUUAGAGGACAAAAAGGAAAAUAUUCAACCCCUGCGUGGCGGUAGGAAUGUGGAGCAGCUGGAGUACGCGUUCGUUUCGGCGGAGCAAUGGGAAGAAGAGCGCAAAGUACACGAGAAAGAAAUCGAUGGCUACGAAGGGAACGAUCCGCUGCUGCCCUGGUACGAGUACUUCUUCUGGAUGGAGCAAACGAAUGUGAGCAACUUCAAGCCGGCCAUCCAGGAGCAAGCGCUUCGCCGGUGUGUGCAGCUGUACGAGAACGAUGCACGAUACAUGCAGGACCAUCGUUUCAUCAAACUGUGUAUAAAAUAUAUCGACGCUCAACCGUCCCCGGUGGAGCUGUACAACGAGCUUUAUCUACGUGGGGUGGGUACGCUUUGUGCCGAGCUGUACAUUGCCUGGGCGUACUAUUACGACGCAGUCGACAACUUUGCCAAAACGGAGGAAGUCUUCCAGAAGGGGCUGCGGGCGGGCGCCGAACCAAAGGCCGAGCUGGAACAGGCCCACAAGCUGUUCGGCUUCUCCAUGUCCCAACGGUUGCUGCACAAGGACGAGUGCAGCAAGCUCAAGUUCCAGACGUCCCUGAACGAGCGCCGCAACGCACUGACCUCGCUGCGUACGUCGCGCAAGAAGCACGUGGGCAGCAUCCGUACGGGGCUGGCGGUGAAAAGCUACCAGCCCGGCACCGUGAACCAGGAGAACGUUCCAAGAAACGUCGCCACGGGCAGCAGCAAUGCCAUCGUGUUCACCGAUGACGCGGCCAGUGCCGAGCCCGGCAGUUCCAUCGUUCGACCGUUUUCGAGCGUACACAACGAGCCGGAGAACAUCAUCGAGGCGGCACGGCUGGCCAAAACGAACCAUGCACCAUCCAGCUCGUUGCACAAAAAACCAUUGUUCGGUUCGCAUCAAGCACCGUCGUUCGAUAUACCGGUGGAUAAGGAAGAGUUUAAACCGAUUCCCGUGCUGGUCGACAAUGGUUCGCGUGGGGUCGUGCUGGGGCCACAGUUUUGCCGUCGAAACAAACCGCAAACGCCGUUCGUGGUCGGUAUUUGUGUGGGCGAUCCGAAGGAACGGGCCAUCCCGAUGUACGACAAGAUACGGCUGUACUGUCGGGCGAAGGAGGGAAAGGGUGAAGUGGGCGAAAGCCGGACGGAAUACUCACCGGAGGAGUUGCGCGCGUACGGGUACUUUGUGCGCCGCGGGAUCGAGAAUCGGUUCACGCAGGAGUGUGAGAAAGUGUGGGGCCGUGGGCAUGAGGUUGGCAUACGGCUGCAUCCGCUACACGUGGCAGAGGCCAAGUCGAACGAGUCAGGCGAUGUUGGAUUUGAAAAUCCCACGCUGAGUGAGGCGGAUAAGAACAUUCAAACGAAAAUCACGGACAUUUACUCAAACCCGGGCGAGGAGAAAUCGAUUGAAGAGCUACUGGUGGAGCGGUGGUUGAAGGGGAAAAUUAAUAAGUGUAUCGAUCGACGCUACCAAGACGACAUUGACCCGGUGGACAUGGAUGAAACGCACGUCGAGUCAAAACGUAUCUCCAUGGGCCCGGCCCGCUUCAGCAUGGCACCGAGCGCAUUUUCGGACGGUUCUUCCCAGAUGCGUCCACGUAAAUCAAUGUUCCCUUCCCAACAACCCACCGGGGCUGUGGCGGCCUGCAUUCAAGAGGAAACGGAAGAGCAACUCCGCAACAAAAGUGUAACAGCUAGCGAACAGCAGUUCGCCCAGCUGGAUCUUGGUACGCGUGGGACAAAGCGCCUGUCGAACAAUGUGCUUGAGCAGGAAGUUUUCAAAAAGGAAGACUCCACCCCAACGCCCCUGAAAGCUGCGAUCGUGAAUGAUCGUGCCGAGAAGAAGCAGGAGAACGAAGACAGCCCAUCGGCGGCACCGGUGGUCGCGUCGAAGAAAAUUGAAAUCUUUGUCGACGACAGCGACGAGAACGAUGAGCGUGAUGAGGGGACGGACCAUUUUAAACCACCAAACGAAAUGCCCCAGCAGCAGCAGCAACAGCAGCCACAGUCGUACUAUCCGAAUGAUACCUGCUCGACGCAAAUGUUUAAUUUGUUCGUUAAAAACAUCAGCACACCCGUUGCACCGAUGCGCAAGCAGGGCGGGGAAAUUUCAGCCACCGUCAGCACGGCCACAAAGCGGACGGUCGUGUUUACGGACGACGAGCAUGAGGAGGAGGAGGAGGAGCGUGAAAUGGGUGCUCCCGGAGCGAGUGCUACGGCGCAAAAGGAGGCGACACCCGUUGCCAUUUUGGGCGCCGUCAUAAACGACGAAAAUGCCGUCCCACUGGUGGACCAUUCGACGCCACCGUCCGUAUCGUCGGGCUGCAACAGCACGCAAAGCCACAAGCAGCUGUCGACGAUCAUGGAGCGGACGGAAACCAGCACGGCCUCAUCGUCUACGACGGGUGCCGUUACUAAAUCGCCCGUUGAUACGCAGGCCCACUCGCCAGAGGAUGUAAAUGGCACUUCUUCCCGCUUCCCAUCGGAAUCGCUGUCCAAGGUUGUGUUCCGCGAGCCCGCAGCCGAGCAGCAGGUGAAGCAAUCCGUCUUCACGCUACCCCGAGAUGAGGCCAAAGGCGGCGGUUUUUGCAUACACGUGGACAGUACGGAAACGAUGGCAAACAUUCCGCUGAAGCGACUACCGGCAGAAUCGGUCACCGUUCAGUCGGACGAAAAGGAAAAUCAGCUCAUUACACGUGCGACAGGCGCGGCACAGGGCGGCAUUUUCCAACUGUCCGAAGAGCCAACGUUCAGCGGGUUUGGUUUUAUGGCCACCGGUGGCACCAAGAACGUUUCCCACAUGGUGCAGCGCGAGCUGGAGGCAAAUUCGAUCGCCUCGUUCCGGUUGGGCACGGAGCGUACGAAUACGGUUCCGAUUCAGCUGGUAAAGCCGCAGCGUACGAUACCGGAACUCCUCCACACCCCACCAUUGGUACCACCGACCGCCUCCAAUACUGUGUCCACUGAAAGUACGAUCACUAGCAAUGCAAGUACCGUGGUUGCUGCCGCCACCAUCGAACAGAAAACAGAACAGUCGCAGCGAAAGAAGAAUAAUUCACUGCUCGAUCUACUCGACACAACGUUCUCCCCCCGACCGGCACCCGGAAACGGUAGCAAAUCAGGCGAGAGUGGCACAGCAACCCCCAAGGAGGAGGAAAAGCGCAAAGAAUGUUCGUUUAAUUUGAGCGAUUUAAUUAAAUCACCGCAACCGGCCAAAACCAAACCCGACGAGCGUGAAGACGGCAUCACAGCCCUCGAGCCGAUUGUCGCUCCGUCGCUACCACCCUGCCACGAUCUCUCCCUGCUGCCGAUGGCUCAGAUAAAGGUUGAAAAAUCGCUCAACAUCGAUGCAAGCCUUGCGCUGCCAAGUUUCCACUUUGCCGAAGCUGCACCUAAACCCCCUGUGCCAACGGUUCCCACCGCUCCCAAGGCCACCACUCCUGUGGGACGGAUCGUGCUGGAUGAUUUCCCUUCCCCACUGCCACCAGCCGGCGCAGGCGAGCGUGUCUCGCUGGAAGACAUCAACACGAUGGCCUUCUCGCUCAACAUAAACCACGCGGUCAAUUCGACCAUCAUUCAGGAAGGGUUUAAAACACCCGCCAAACAGUGUCCUCCUCAGCCCGCCGCUCCCCAGCCGCAGCAGUCCAAGUUUCGUAUCGUUGACGUGCAGGGUGGCGUAUCGAAGCCGAACGACUUUCUAAUGCCACCACCACCGAUGGCGCAAACCGGUAAGCAGCAGCAACAGCCUGCUCCCGUCGGCAAUUCAAACGAUCACGACGAUGGUGCUGAUGGCGAUGUUUCGAUCUACCAUCCCCGUCCCGCCAUCUCGCAGGAUGCCGAACGGUGGGAGGAAAUCGAUGACGAGUUAGACGAUCAGCAGAGCAACGAGUAUCAGCACAAACCGAUCGAUAUGGAUGGGACGAUGCAGCAGAUCAACGCCCACCUGGUGCUGGACGAUAUCGAUCCGUUCGAGCGGUCGCUGCUGGAAGCGUUCCUCGAGCGGGUUGACUUUCUCGGCUACAUCGCCGAGCUGCCCACGUGCUUGAUGGUGAACAAGGUGCAGCCGCUGCGGAAGGAUGCGCUGGUCGAGAUGGGGGAUGAGGGUGUGUCGUUCAAGGUGCAGCAAAAGAUAGGCAAAGGCACUUACGGAACGAUUUAUUGUGCGACGGAAGAGCCAUUGGGAAAGAAGGUGGCCUUGAAGCAGGAACGACCGGCAAACCUGUGGGAGUAUUAUAUCUGUCUCGAGCUACGGAGUCGCAUCGAAAAUCCCGAUAUCCUCCCUGGCUUCAUGCCUAUAGAUUAUGCGAUCAUUGGCAACAAUGCAAGCAUUUUCGUGUCCCCCUACUCCCGCUACGGCAACAUUCUGGAUGUGUGCAAUCUGGUGAACGGCGCGACGAACCGCAACAUGGACGAAUUCAUCGCCAUGAUACUGAGCGCGCAGAUACUGUCGAUCGUCGACCACCUGCACAGCUGCCAGAUCAUUCACGCGGACAUUAAGCCGGACAAUUUUCUGCUGGUGGGCCCCAUUGAGAUGAACACAAAGAUUCCCUGCGUGCAGCUGAUCGACUUUGGUGUCAGCAUCGACAUGAAGCUCUUCCCCGAGGAUGCCAAAUUCAAGAAGGUAAUCACAACGGACGGGUUCACGUGCAUCGAAAUGCUGGAGAACAGACACUGGACGUACCAGCCCGACCUGUACGGGGUGGCCGCCACCAGCCACGUGAUGCUGUUCGGCAAGUACAUGCAGGUGCAGAAGAGCAUCGUCAACUGGAGCAUCAAGACGGCGAUGCCGCGCUACUUCAAGAAGGUACUGUGGGAGAACUACUUCACCACGCUGCUGAACAUCCGGGACUGUGAGCAUCUGCCGAACCUGCAGCAGCUGCGGGCCGCCUUCCUGGAGGAGAUCACCCUGCACGAGAAGUACAUCCAGAGCAAGGUGGCCGAGUUUAACCAUGUGCUCGCGACGUGCAAGUGAAGAGCACGUUUUGUUUUGCGGGGAAGGCGAGAUAUUGAUGCAAAGGUAGCAAAAGCAAAGGCGGCGAGUAUAGAUAAUGCCUUUUUACAUAUAUCUACGGUGUAGCAAAUAAUAACACAUUUUAAGAUUUUGACA